AUGGAUCAUGCUUUUUCAAUAGCAUCACUGUUAGAUGGUAAUAAAACAAAAUUACUGAACAAUCUAAAUUAUACAAAUAAUAAUGAACACAUCUAUGACAAUGCUCAAAGUACAGUUGGUAAUAAUUCGAAUUGUAUUAUGCGCGGUGAAAACAAUAAUACACAUAAUCUAUUUCUACAAAAUAACAAUUCUUUUCAGAUAAAUUCACUGUGUACAACAAUGAUUUCUAAAGUGAAUUUACCGUUUGGUAUAACACGAUCAACAAGGUCAGUAAAUGACUCUAUUUUCUGUUCUAAAUUACACCAUGAUGAUUUUCAUGAUUUAAAAAAUCCAUCCGACUCAAUUCAAAGACAAGAUGUUGAUGGAACUGAUCGAACCUCUUUAAGACAGAAACAUCAAGGGAUUAAUGAUAGUACUAAUAACAAGAAUUCCGAAAACCAUUCAUCAAUGGAUCAAAUCGAUUGGACAUUUAACAAACAUUAUCAAAAUAAGAAUGAAUCAAAUCUUAAUGAAUCCUGUAACAAUAAUACCUAUAGUUCGGAUCAUAAUUUGCAGAAAAAUAACGAAUUAAUUUCCUUGUUCAGUCACAUCAAUAAGAUUAGACGUGACCAUGAUAAUAAUAAUAAUGAUAACAAUACAGCUGAUAUUACUUCCACAACUGCUAGUAAUACGAUCGAUAAUUUCACUGAAACAUUGAUCAAAAAGUGGUCUACAAAUGAUGCACAAUUAAAUUUAGUCACCAAAUCACUUUAUGAUACUUCGAAUAUACAUGAUGCAAAUGACAAUUCUAAAAAUGGUAGUUUUAAUACAAAAAAGUUUGACAAAAACUUGAAAAGUAUGAAAAUAUUCACAACUGAAAAUCAUAAUGACGAUGUAUCUAAGAAACAUUUAGAUACUAACCAAAUGUUACAAUCACAGAUACACUGGUAUAAUUCGAAUAUUAUUAAACGUUAUUUUGAAGGUCAUGCUGUUUCAUUUGGAUUAUCAUCAAAUUUUUUAAUUGGUAAAACACGUAGACCAAGAACUGCUUUUACUAGUCAACAAUUAUUGGAAUUAGAACAACAAUUUAUAUCUAAUAAAUACCUAUCAAGACCGAAACGAUUUGAAGUGGCUACUUCUCUUGGUUUAACUGAAACUCAGGUUAAGAUAUGGUUUCAAAACAGACGUAUGAAAUGGAAACGUUCUCAUAGACCAGGAGAUAGUGAACCUCCAUCACCAAAUUUAACAGAAACAAAAUCUGAUGAAAUUCAUUCGGAAUAUGAAAAUUAUUGUAUAUCGUCGACUGUAACAGACAAGAAUGACCUGAAUAAUAAAGUAGAAAUAAAUAAUAAUAAUAAUAAAGUAACAGAAUUCACUCAUCGAUGUUCAGGACCAAGAUAA